AUGUCAACGUGUGAAGAUGUGCCAUAUGAUCGCGCAGCGAGUCCAAGUAUUUCAGCGGAAAAUACAGAUAAAAUUUGCAAUUACUGCAAUCGCAAAGUGGGUGAAUAUGUGAAAUGCAUAAAGUGCGAUGAUAUUUUUCACCCCUCUUGCUUAAUUAAAGCAGCAAGCAGGAAAACCACCACCUGUCAGCAUGUAACAAGUGAGGAAGGGAAUGAGGAAAUCUCUGCUAGGACGGAGAAUAAGAUAUUGCAUAUCGAAAUUGGUUAUUUGAAGUCCUUAUUAGAAGAAAUCAAAAGUAAGAAUAUAAUUUUGAUUGAUAAUAACAAUCUUUUGAAAGACAAAAUAUCCAGCCUUGAAAAUCAAAUAAAAACUGGUAAAACUCCAGCAAAAAAAUCUGUAAACACAACAUCUCAAGCACAGAAUAACAGAUCUCAAGAUAAAAUAACUGUACCCGCCACUGUCGACGCAUCGUUCGCGAACGCAUACAGUUCUGUGGUGAAGGAAAAUUCCAUUAAGGCGCAUGCUCUCCGACCACAAAUGUCAUUCGAAGGUCCGGAAAUAAUUGUAAACAAGCCCGUUAAUGUCGAAUAUGGAAUAAAUGUCAAAAAGAACGUUUCAAAUGUAAAUGAGUCUGCAUCAAGCUCUAGUAUAAAGGAAUUAGAUGAUAAGGGAGAAUGGAUUACAGUUGAAAAGAAAAAAGGGAAUCGCCAAUCAAGAACUAAUAAGAAAGUUUGUUAUGGAACGAAUAUGGAUAGCACAGAUAAUGCAAUAAAAGGAGCAAUCCGUAGACGAUGGAUGUAUGUUGGAAAAAUCGCAGGAAAAAACAUUUCUGAACAGGAUGUACAUUCUUUCUUGAAAAACAUCGAAGAAGAACAGAGUAACCCAGAAAACGUAAUUCCUAUCCGUAAAUUCAAGAAAUCUGAGUCAACAAAAAACUUUAACCUUAUCCUCCAGAAUGUCCGGUCCCUAGGUACAGCUUUGAAUUCACUACAGUUGAUGGCUCAAGAAGAAAAUGCUGAUAUAAUUGCUAUCACAGAACACUGGAAGUGUAGAGAUGAACUUCAGAUGUGUAAAAUGGUCAGCUAUAAACUGGUUUCAAGUUAUUGCCGCUCGAAAGGGAGUCAUGGAGGGUCUGCAAUCUACAGUAGAGAAGAGCUAAACUGUACUGAAAGGCCUAAUUCUCAGCCCUUAGCUAAUGUGGAUCAAUUUUUGGAAAAACUGAGAACAAUUUUAGAAAGAUGUACUCUGGAAAAGGCUGAACUAAUUUUAGUUGGAGAUUUUAAUUUAGACAUCCUCUCGAGCUCCCCUGACGUCCAAGAAUUUAUAUCUCUCCUGGAAAGUUUCAACCUGAAAUUUAAAAAUUUUCAGCCGACACGCCCUGUUUCAGGCACCUGUUUGGACAAUAUUAUUACUCCCCUUGCAGGACAAACGAGUGUGAUCGAGUACCAUAUUUCCGAUCACUCAGCACUGAAGUUCACCACUGCAUUUAAUCAUAAACAAAAAGACAGAACAGUCAAGAGAAGAAUUAUUAAUGAUGAGUCCACCAAGCUUUUCCUGGAAGAAUUGUCUUUGUUGAAAUGGGAUGAUAUUUUCACUAAUCAGGUAGAUCCCGGUCAACUUUGGAAUAUAUUUCAUGAAAGAUUUUCUCGGACUUUCGAACAGUGUUUUCCUAAAGUCAAUAUCAAUGUAUCAUCAGCAAGGAGAAACUUCAAACUAACACCUGAAUUGAUUAAUAUUAAGAAACAGCUGGAUUUGCUCUACAUAAUUUCUUUUUCUAGACCUGAAUUCAAUGCCACAUAUAAAUCCACCAAGAAACAAUAUGAUCUUCUAUUAUCCAGAACUAAGAAAGAUUACUUCAACAGCUUCAUAAGGAACUCGGAUAAUAAGUCAAAGGCUUCCUGGAGGGUCAUAAAUAGUCUCACAACAGGCAAGAUGUCUUCGGCAGUAUCUGGUGGUCAUGACAAUUCUUAUUUGAUGCCAGAUGAUUUCAAUAAUUUUUUCAUUGAUUAUCCAUCUAUACUCACCGAAGGCUUGAGUAAAUCUCCCAGUGAGGAGCGGGAUAGGCUUGGUAAUUCUUUUUACAUGUUUGACGUUUCACACGAGGAAGUUCUGAAAACCGUAAAAUCUUUGAAAAGUAAACAAUCAUGUGGUUAUGAUGAGAUACCAAUGAAAGUUCUCAAACUGUCAGUAGAGGUUAUUCUUUCCCCUCUAUGUUUUAUUAUCAACCGUUCUUUCAGAGAGGGCAUUUUUCCUGACCUGCUGAAAAUUGCCAUUGUGAAACCCUUAUAUAAGAAAGGUCCUGUUGAGGAUCCAAACAGCUAUAGACCUAUUAGCAUUUUGUCUUCGUUCUCUAAAAUCUUCGAAAAAAUUUUGUCUAACAGAUUGCUGAAUUUUUUCCACAAAUUUAAUGUCAUUUCGAUUCAUCAGCAUGGUUUCGUGAAGAACAGAAAUAUUGAAACUGCCAUAUAUGAAUUAAUUAAUGAAGUUUUAGUUACCAUGGAGCAAGGUGAGGUACCUAUGGGAUUAUUUUUAGAUCUCUCCAAGGCAUUCGAUUGUGUGGAGCACGGAAGAUUGCUGGAAAUUCUUGAAGAUUGUGGAAUAAGAGAUAAUCAAUUAAAACUAAUGGAGAGCUACUUGUCAUCCAGGAAGCAAAUGGUUGCUAUGGAGGUGGAUGGUGAAGUAUUGACGUCGGAGGAGAGAGAGGUUACUAUGGGCGUACCGCAGGGAAGUAUUCCUGGACCGAUCCUGUUUAUUGUUUACAUCAAUCGGCUACCAAAGGCCAAAGUUUCAGCAAGGCACUCAAUGGGGAUGUUUGCAGAUGAUACCAACUAUAGGCUAAAAUCCUCUACUAUUUCAACAGCUAUUGAAGACUCCAAUAAUGUACUGAAGUCGGUGGGAGACUGGUUUCGUAACCACAAUCUCAUCUUGAACAUCGACAAGACACAAUGUAUGUUCUUUUAUAGUGAAAGAUCUAAGCUGCACCAUCCAUUGUCUAUAAAUAUUUCAGGUAAUAAUCUCAUGGUCAAGGAUAGUAUUGUUUUUUUGGGAAUUGUAAUAGAUAAACACUUGAAGUGGGGACCUCACAUUGAACAACUUAGAGGAAGACUAAAUUCUGUAUGUUACAUGCUUUUUAUGUUGAGAAAUCAGGUUGAUUUUGAUUUGUUGAAACUUGUAUACUUUUCUAAUUUCCAGUCAAUUCUAUCAUAUGGGAUAAUCUUUUGGGGUAAUGCUUCUCAUGUUUGUGAUUUGUUUGUGAUUCAAAAACGGGCAUUGAGAACUAUAUUAAAUUUAGGCUAUAGACAGUCUUGUAGGGGUUUUUUCAGAAGCAAUAAUAUACUUACCAUCUCUGGUUUGUACAUUUAUAGAUUGUUGAUUUUUUUCAGUAAACAAAAUCAUUAUUUUGAAUCGUUUAAAAAUUUAAAUAAUACAAGAAGAAUGUUCCCUUUCUAUGUACCAGUUCAUAAGACCACGCUAAGGGAAAAAAGUGUUGAAUGUAUGGCAGUAAACUUAUUCAACAUAUUGCCCUCACAAAUAAGAAAUCUCUCUUGUCACAUAAAAUUCAGGAAAGCUUUAUAUGUCUUAAUUUUAAGUUGUGAGCCUUACAAUAUUGAUGAAUUCAAACAGUUUUGUAAAAUUUAGUUGAUUAGAUAGUUACGUUUUUUGUAUUUUGACUUGUUCCAUCUUUACUUCUUUAUGUGUAAUUUUAUGGAAUAAAUAAACAUUAUUAUUAUUAUUA